GAAAAAUCAAAAUGGCGCGAGAACGUGGUCGAAAUACUUCCUAUAUUUCAGCCACAAAAACUUCAAAAAAAUACCUUUAUAUUUUUGUAUCGUUAUUUAUUCCUCUUUUCUGACUAAGAAAAUGUCAGAAUGCUGCAAAGAACUUCUAUCAAUCGUUGAUAAAUACGACUUGGAAAAUCCUGAAUUUGGAAAAGAGGAUGUAACAGAGUUAGUUUCGUUCGUCCUUUCGUGGCCACAACGGCAAUGUAGGUGCAUUUUCCGAGAUCAGCUUCAUUUAGCCCGCCUGGAAGAUCUGCUUCAGAAUCUUUUGAAAUGCGCUAUUGAUCUCAUAUGCGAGCUUCGUGUUCCUGCUGUUGAGGACGAGAAGAAGGACGGAACUGAAACCAGCGAAGAUCAAAACAACGGGAAGAAAAACGAGUGGUCACAACCAGAAAAGGAGAGACUGUUCCUUGCUGUGGGAAAGAUAUUUCAGCUGCCUCUUCCUUUCUAUCAAGUGCGAAAGAUUCAUCUUUUGCGACAGGAAACAACAAGUAAAGACUGCUCCAAAUACUGUGAUGUGAAUGAUGGGGAAGUACCAGAAGCUCUUUUGAUCAAUGUAGCAUACUUCUGUGACCAUGGUGGUUUAUCUGCGAUCAGGGAAGCAUUUCAAGAUGCAGAUCCAACUACAUUGCCAUUUCCAAUUGCCCAUCACCUUAUCAACAUUGUUACUCAGCUUAUGACUGAAUUGUAA